GGUUUUUUUUCUAAAAUGGCAUCCGAAGUUGAGCAGCAACAGCAGCAGCAUCAGCAGCAGAAUGCAGUUGUCAGGUUAAUUAACCUGCCUUUGGUGAGCUCCACCUAUGACAUGGUGUCUAAUGCUUACACCAACACAAAAGAUAAUCAUCCAUACUUGAAGUCUGUCUGCGAUGUGGCUGAGAAAAGUGUGAAGACCAUCACCUCGGUGGCAAUGGUUGGCGCCAUGCCUAUCAUACAGAAGCUGGAGCCUCAAAUUGCUAUUGCCAACAGCGUGGCUUGUAUCGGCCUGGAUAAAAUUGAAGAAAAGCUCCCUAUCCUCUAUCAGCCUAGUGACAAGGUUGUGUCCAGUGCAACAGAAGUAGUGGUUGGUGCCAAAGACACUGUCAUUAAUGGAAUUACAGGAGUGGUUGAUAAAACAAAGGGUGCUGUCCAUGACAGUGUGGAAAUGACAAAGGCUGUUGUGAAUGGCAGUAUAAACACUGUGCUUGGAAGCAGUGUGGUGCAGAUGAUGAGCAGCACCGUUAACACUGCCCUCACAAAGUCCGAGUCCUUGUUGGAACAAUACUUGCCGCCAACUGAUGAAGAGAUGGCCGUAGAAGCAUCUAAAACUGAAGGCUUUGAAGUUGGAACUGAAAAACCCAACUAUUAUGUCAGACUGGGUUCCCUGUCUUCUAAAGCUCGUAAGCGUGCCUACCAGCAGGCUGUCAAUCGGAUGAAGGAUGCAAAAUCAAAAAGUCAAGAAACAAUUACUCAAUUGAACAAGACUGUUGAUCUUAUUGAGUUUGCAAGGAAGAACAUGAAUGAUGCCAACCAGAAGAUCCAUGGUGCCCAGGAAAAGCUGUACAGUGCUUGGAUGGAAUGGAGAAAGGGCUCAGGGGAGACUGAAGGGCCAGAGAGUGCUGAGCAAAUUGAGUCCCGUACUCUAUCAAUUGCACGAAAUUUGACACAGCAACUUCAGACCACUUGUCUCUCCCUGGUUACAAGUGUACAAGGGCUACCACAGAACAUCCAAGAAAAGGCUCACAAUGUUAGCACCAUGGCUGGAGAAGUGUACCAAAACUUCCGUUCCGCUUCCUCCUUCAGGGAAGUUUCUGACAACCUUCUCACAACCAGCAAAGGCCAGCUCAAGAAAAUGAAAGAGUCUAUGGAUGACAUGAUGGACUAUUUGGUCAACAAUACACCACUCAACUGGCUGGUAGGUCCCUUUUACCCCCAGUUGGGUGGGUCUCCGCAUGGUGAACAAGAAUGUGAUGGGGCAGAUAAACAAAUGAGCCAGGAGGAAAGACUGAAUUAAAUUCCACAUAUCACACUCUGCACUUAAAUAUUUGCAAGACAUGGGUGAAUUCUAUUUCUGCUCUUCUGGAUUUCAAGCAAUAGCUUGUAUUACCACAUGGGCUUUAAAGCCAAGUCUUGAAGACUGUCUUUGAAGCCUAACUUUGCAGCAUCACAAGAAAAACUCUUGCCUAACAAGCGCUGCUGUAUUACAUGCUCGUCUAACUUUGUCCUAAGUGUUUACGUCACUCACACAACCUACACUAAUUUUGUAAACCCUAACUUUUGUAUACCUUUUUGUAUCUGCAAUAAACACAUCAGCAUUAGAUAAA